AGAAAAAUCAAUGCUUUUUCCGUUAACUGAGGCACAGCAGAUCCAAAUAGAUUCUAUAUGCAGUCAUACGGAUGAAGAGAGUAUUGUGAUCGACAAAUUUAAAAACCCCAUCCAAGUGAAGGUUCUUAAGAUACUCAAGUCUCAAAAUGAUUGGCUCAACGAUAAGAUUAUCAACUUUUAUGUGGAUCUAAUCAGCGAACGCUCAACCCGCACAUCCAACCCUUUACCGACUGUCUACACAUUUAGUACGUUCUUCGUCGAACGCUUUUUGACGGAUGGCUACAAAGGAGUUCGACGAUAUACGAAGAAAAUAGAUAUAUUUAGCUAUGAUAUGAUCUUGAUACCCGAAAAUAUUAAAAACAUCCAUUGGUGCAUGACGAUUAUCAAUUUAAAGGAGAAAACCAUCCGCUACUACGACUCUUUGGGCGGGGGCCACGAUUUGCUGCUACAAGCCCUCACGACUUACCUGGCAGAAGAGUCGAUGGACAAGCGCCACGUGGCAUACGACAUAAAGGAGUUUUCGCUGGAAACUGUUGAGGAUAUGCCACGGCAGGAGAACACUCACGACUGCGGGGUCUUUGCCUGCAUGGCGGCGGAAUAUGUGACACGCUGCCAGCCUCUGAACUUCACGCAAAAGGACAUCCCGAAUCUGCGCUCCAAAAUGAUUCUGGAAAUCUCCAGUGGCAGACUUUUGUAA